UUUAUUUUUCACAUAUUGACACUUGCCAAUGACAUUCUUAAUCAUAUGUAUUGGAGUUUCGUUUGAAACAGAAAAAAUGUCAUCAUUCGCGAAUAUACGGUACACUUUCAGACGAAUGGCAAUAGUAUUCAGUACAUCACUAAAUUUAAGCCACAACCAAUGGAUUCUAAACAAUCGAAUAGUGGGCUCAAUGCCAAUUUCAAUAGCCGAUCGAUCCAUUUCCUCAACGCCGACGAUGCAGAAGAAAAAAACUACAAAUCCAGAGGAAGAAGUUCUACAACACAAAACCAAUCAACGGUCAACAAAUAAGAAAACAUUCUUUGAAAAGAAAAUAAAACAAAAGGCCACGGUGUGGGGAGUUAUCGAUGUCUAUCGAUUUAUUACAGUUGAAACUUUAGCUGCGUCAAUGAAUAAAUCCAUCGAUGAAAUACAAGAAGUGUUGUUAUAUUUUCCGGAUAUCAAAGAUAUAACACCAAUGGCCCAAAUAGAGAGUUUGCACACACUCAAGGAAAUCGCCGGCAAAUGUGGAUACAAAAUUCGCAUCGUUGCAGCGCCUACUAGUGAAGAAAAACAAGAAGUUGAUCGAGAUGUGCAUCCAAGACCACCUGCUCCGCCGGAAAAUUUAAAGCCGCGUCCACCUGUAGUUACUGUUAUGGGCCAUGUUGAUCAUGGUAAAACAACGCUAUUGGAUACGCUCCGGGGAGCGUCGGUUGCCGAAAAUGAAGCUGGUGGCAUAACACAGCACAUUGGUGCCUUCACAGUUGACUUAGAAAAUGGCGAAAAAGUCACAUUUUUAGAUACACCUGGUCAUGCCGCAUUCAGUUCGAUGCGAGCACGUGGCGCCCAUUGCACAGAUAUUAUCGUACUAGUUGUUGCGGCCGAAGAUGGUGUCAUGCCACAGACAAAAGAAGUUUUGAACUUGGCUAGAGAAGGAAAUGUUCCUUUGGUUGUUGCCAUUAAUAAGAUUGAUGCACCUGGUGCUAAUAUCGAAGGGGCAAAGAAUGGCUUAUUAAAAUCCGGAGUUAAUCUUGAGGGUCAUGGUGGUGAUGUUCAAUGCAUUUGCAUAUCAGCUCUACACGGAACAAAUUUGGAUCAAUUAGCCGAUGCGAUAACAACUCAAGCCACAUUAAUGGAUUUAAAGAGCGAAUACAGUGGGCUCGUUGAAGGUGUUGUCAUCGAAUCGAAAACUGAUCCACACAGAGGGAAACUGUCUACAAUGAUUGUAACGAGAGGAACAUUGCGUAAAGGAUGUAUAUUAGUUGCUGGUUUGGCGCAUGCAAAAGUGCGUGGAUUAUUCGAUCAUAACAAUCAACCAAUUGAAUCGGUUACACCGGGUGUACCGACCGAAAUUUUGGGAUGGCGAGAAUUACCCGAUGCUGGCGAUAUCAUUUUAGAAGUUGAAAAUGAAAAGAAGGCCAAUUCAAUUUUGCGAUACCGUGAACGCAUGGAACAAGCGAAAAAAGCCGAACAAGACUUGGAUGCAAUCAAUGCAAAGCGUGAACAGCAUAAUAUGGUGUAUCAAGAGCGACGAAAAUUGACAAAGCGAGAAAAACGUUCAAUCAAAGAGAAAACAUAUGCACCAGACGAUCCUACGCCAAAACUAAAUGUAAUUCUUAAGGCCGAUGUGCACGGCUCUCUGGAAGCCAUCCUUGACGUUUUCGAUACAUACGAUAACACGGAAAAAUGUCGAUUUAGCGUUGUGCAUUAUGGUGUCGGUCCAAUAACGGACGGGGAUACUGAGUUAGCUAAAACUUUUAAUGCAGUUAUUUAUGGAUUCUCCGUAAAAUUACCAUCGACAAGACCAAGUGGAAUUAUUAUGAAAGAAUUCAAUAUUAUCUAUCGAUUAAUUGAGGAUGUUAUCGACGAAAUCAAUAAUCGAUUGCCUGAAAUUGAUGUCGACGAUGUGAUUGGUGAAGCAGAAGUUCAACAAAUAUUUUUAAUUAACGAUCGAAAUAGAAAAAUCCCAGUGUUGGGAUGUCGCUGUAUUAAAGGCACGUUAAAGAAGAAGCUUCGCUACAAAGUUGUGCGGGACGAUGAAGUAAUCUAUGAUGGACAAAUUUCAUCAAUGCGACAUUUGAAAACUGAAGUCGAUUCAAUUAAGAAAGACGUUGAGUGUGGUCUACAAUUAGCAGACAAAUCGAUUGAAGCUGAGCCCGGUGACAGAAUUAUUUGUUAUACCCAAAAAAAACAAAAAGAAACAAUCGACUGGAAUCCUGGCUUUUAAUAAAAAUUUGGUAAAUGUUAUUCGUUGUAAAUUGUGUUUCAAAUUACUGUAUUUAUCGAAUAAAGAGAUGUUCCAUUGCAUAAUGACUUAAGAGAAAA